CACAGCGGAGGAUACCAUUGAUACAUAUGUACCAAAUCAACUGAUAUUAAAGAUCAGAGAGAUUGGUCAAGAAAUAAUUGUAGAUAAAAAAGAUUAGCCCCGCUCUAUGUUUUAUAAAGAACAAGGGCCAAAACUUCUUGCUAUGUUGCAUAGCCCUCAAAAAAAAUCUGAUUGAGAUAAUUACUAAGUCAUUGUAAUGUCUUUUGCAGUAGAGCUUAAUUAUAGUUCUUCUCGAGAUAUAAAAUCCAUGAUGAAAAGGGCUAGAUAUUAGCUAUAUAGUAUAUUAAGCUUAAGCAAAUUUUAAUAAAUUAAAAAUAAAAUUCAUUUAGUAAAUUUAUUUAUAAGAGGAUGAAAUGAUAAAAAAUAUUUUAAUUAUAAAUAAGACUUUAGUGAGUCUUGAGUUAGCUAACAAAAAAGAUUUGGAAAACUUUAUUAAGAUUUUUACCGUAUUCGAGAAGCAUAAAGCGGCUAGCACGCUUUUUACAGAUGAGGUAAAAAUAGAAUAUGCGCAACACAACGCAAUGGAAAUUGUCAAGCUAAUUAAGGAUACAAGUUUUAGAUAUAGCGACAUUGAAAAUAUAUUAAAUCACUUGAGCAAGCAUGGAAUUAAAGCAACCAAUGACAUCAUUGCAUACACGCUUAUAGCUGCAUACGAUACUGCCCUUGAUUCUAGAGAUAUAGUUUUUUCACUUUUUGAAAACUCUCCACAAUUUAAUAUUAAAGUGAGUAAAAACACAUUCAUAAUCACACCUAUGAGUAAAUUACACUUAGAGUUGAAUUCAAAAAAUAGCACGGAAUUCGUAAAGUUAUUAAAGGAUGAAAAAAGUAUGUAUGAUUGUGUAGUCAAGGAAAACAGUAUUAAUGUUAUAGUACACUCAGAAAUACACCAAGCUAUCAAUUCAAUUGUAGAAUCAUUAAUAAAGUCUAAUCUACUGGAGAAAGUAGAAGAAGAGAAACUCAAGGCAAGAUUGAGACAGCUUGCCUUUAAAGAUCAAGCCUUUGUUGAAUACUCUAGUAUUAAGGCUAUCAAUAAGUAUCCACACGGUCACUCCCUCAGGAAACACGAAAACGUUAUCAAGGGUAUAGAAAAUAUUCUAUAUGAUUUUAUGAAAAAUGAGGACAGUAAAUUUGCUGUAGAACGAUUAAAUAGACUGCAGAUAGCUCCGGACACUCCAAGAAUUAUCACAAAAACUAUAGAUAAACUUGUAAAGUUUCACUAACUUCUAUAAACCAAAAUUUAAAGAAGCAAGAAGAAAGUGGUAGUUUACCAGUUAAUAAACAAG